CACAUGUACCGCUGUGCACGAGUUCAAGGCUUAGACACCAGUGAGGGGCUCCUUCUGUUUGGUAAAGAGCACUUCUAUGUGAUCGACGGAUUUACAAUGACUGCCACCAGGGAAAUACGGGACAUUGAGACCCUGCCUCCAAAUAUGCAUGAGCCCAUUAUACCCAGGGGAGCACGACAGGGCCCGAGUCAACUGAAAAGAACAUGCAGUAUUUUUGCAUAUGAAGAUAUCAAGGAGGUGCACAAAAGACGGUAUCUGUUACAGCCGAUAGCUGUUGAAGUGUUCUCGGGAGAUGGACGCAACUACCUUCUUGCUUUUCAGAAAGGAGUUAGAAAUAAAGUCUACCAAAGGUUUUUGGCUGUCGUUCCAUCUUUAACCGACAGCUCAGAAUCUGUGUCCGGACAGCGACCCAACACCAGUGUAGAACAGGGGUCUGGCUUGCUGAGCACCCUAGUUGGAGAGAAAUCUGUCACACAAAGGUGGGAGAGAGGUGAAAUCAGUAAUUUCCAGUACUUGAUGCAUUUAAACACUUUGGCUGGCCGAUCCUAUAAUGACCUCAUGCAGUAUCCUGUUUUCCCGUGGAUUCUUGCAGACUAUGAUUCAGAGGAGCUGGACCUUACCAAUCCCAAGACGUUCAGAACCCUGGCUAAACCAAUGGGAGCACAGACCGAGGAAAGGUUAGCUCAGUAUAAGAAGCGCUACAAAGACUGGGAAGAUCCUAAUGGUGAAACUCCAGCAUAUCAUUAUGGCACACACUAUUCAUCCGCAAUGAUAGUAGCUUCAUAUCUUGUGCGAAUGGAGCCCUUCACACAGAUAUUUUUAAGGCUGCAGGGCGGCCACUUUGACCUGGCUGAUAGAAUGUUUCACAGCGUGCGUGAGGCCUGGUACUCUGCAUCCAAGCACAACAUGGCGGACGUCAAGGAGCUCAUCCCAGAAUUUUUCUACCUCCCAGAGUUAUUGCUCAAUUCCAACAACUUUGAUCUAGGUUGCAAGCAGAAUGGCACUAAACUUGGGGAUGUAAUACUCCCCCCGUGGGCUAAAGGCGAUCCCCGUGAAUUUAUCAGAGUCCAUCGGGAGGCUUUGGAAUGCGAUUUUGUGAGUGCACACCUACAUGAGUGGAUUGACUUAAUCUUUGGCUAUAAACAGCAAGGACCUGCUGCCGUAGAGGCUGUCAAUGUCUUCCAUCAUCUUUUCUAUGAGGGGCAAGUGGACAUAUACAACAUAAACGAUCCCUUAAAAGAAACAGCCACCAUAGGAUUCAUUAAUAACUUUGGACAGAUCCCUAAACAGGCUGUGAUUGUUUAUGAAUGCCUCUCGGAAUGGGGCCAGGUUCUCUGUUCAAUCUGCCCCAAUCCCAAGCUGGUCAUUACCGGGGGAACCAGCACAGUCGUCUGCGUGUGGGAAAUGGGCACUUCCAAGGAAAAAGCCAAAGCACUCACUCUUAAGCAGGCGCUGCUGGGCCAUACAGAGACAGUCACGUGUUUAACGGCCUCACUGGCCUAUCACAUCAUUGUGAGCGGAUCCCGUGACCGGACCUGCAUCAUCUGGGACUUGAAUAAACUUUCCUUCGUCACCCAGCUUCGAGGUCACCGGGCCCCAGUUUCAGCACUCUGCAUUAACGAACUGACGGGGGAUAUUGUAUCCUGUGCUGGCACUUACAUCCACGUGUGGAGCAUUAACGGCAAUCCCAUAGUGAGUGUGAAUACUUUCACCGGGCGCAGCCAACAAAUCCUGUGCUGCUGCAUGUCGGAAAUGAACGAAUGGGAUACUCAGAACGUUAUUGUGACCGGGCAUUCGGAUGGGGUGGUCCGAUUCUGGCGGAUGGAGUUCCUGCAGGUCCCAGAAACACCAGCUCCUGAACCCGUGGAGGUACUUGAGGUACAGGAAGAAUGUCCAGAAACACAAAUAGGGCAGGAAGCCCAGGAUGAGGAGAGCAGUGAUUCUGAAGCAGAAGAUCAGGGCCUCAGCCAGGACACCAAGCUGCUGGAGGGCCAGAACCAACUGGGCAGCGCCAGCCACAGGCCUCGGGCGGCCUCAAGCCGGGCGGCGGCGGCGUGGGCGGCGGACAGCAGCUCUGAUGACUCGAGGCGCUGGUCAGACCAGCUCAGUUUGGACGAGAAGGACGGUUUCAUCUUCGUGAACUACUCCGAUGGGCAGGCGAAGGGAUACCCCCACCCUCAGGCUAACCACCCGCAUCCGAAUCAAGGGCAUUACAGCAAGCUCAAGCCAGGCUACAGGUGGGAGCGUCAACUAGUAUUCAGGAGCAAGCUAACUAUGCACACCGCCUUUGAUCGCAAGGACAAUGCGCAUCCUGCGGAGAUCACAGCACUAGGCAUUUCCAAAGACCACAGCAGGAUUCUCGUAGGCGACAGCAGAGGCCGAGUGUUCAGCUGGUCCGUGAGCGACCAACCCGGCCGUUCCGCCGCCGACCACUGGGUGAAAGACGAGGGAGGAGACAGUUGCUCCAGCUGCUCUGUGCGGUUCUCUCUCACUGAAAGGCGUCACCAUUGCAGGAACUGCGGGCAGCUCUUCUGUCAGAAGUGCAGUCGCUUCCAGUCUGAAAUCAAGCGUCUGAAAAUCUCCUCCCCGGUGCGGGUGUGCCAGAACUGUUACUACAACCUGCAGCACGAGCGAGGCCCUGACGAGGGGUCCUGGAAUUAGCAGCGCGGAGAGGCACGACACGCGGGCCAAGGGGCCUCGAGAACUCAGCGACUUGGCGGCAGGAACGAGUAGCACAUUCAGAAGGGAACUGCAGUGCUGGCCCUUCGCACGCUUCAUCUUUCGACUCGCGUGCUGAAGCACCGCAAGAGAAAAAAGGGAUCAUUGACUUCAAGCGUCUGUUGGCCAGAGAUGGGGAUGGAAAGACCCACACGGUCUGUGAGUGGCAGCGGGGAGGCAAGCGGGCGAUGGCAUCCGCGGCUGAGCUCCCAAGGCCCCCUCUCCCCGGCCGGCACAGCUCCAAGGAAGACACGCCCAUUCCUCUUCCCCAUCUCUUCUUCUGUCUUGGUUUCGUAGAGCUAGUCACCUUAUUGGUGUUGCCGGAAGGAGGCAGCUUUUUAGAAAAUAGUUGUAAAUCUGCCUUCUCUACAAGCAAACUGUGGAUACUGUAAAUAGAUAUAAUGGCCUUUUUAUCUAAAUACGGACUUAACUGCCUGUUACAUGGGACUUCAGACCAACCACUAUACUUUAGCUCCUCUAUCUACUUAAAUAUGAAAUUCUUUUUUAUAAAAACAAGGGGGGGAAACAUCAAGAGGCAUUAUUGUUUUUGGUUUGAUUUUUCCUUUUUUCCCCAAUCCCGGCUGCAUGUUUGUCUUUUCAGUUACUUGCGUUAACCUUAAUUUAAACCAGGCUCUUCAGAUAGAAAAGGGAAAUUUUAAAAAGGACAAAAACCAACCUGUUUUCUCGUGGGGUGGGGACAAUAGGACUUGGGAUAGUUUAUUCUCAACUGUAAGAUAACAAGGACCCUCUUGGGUGGCAUUACUUUUUAUACUGAAGCUCUCCAGCGCCUCUGUCUUCGUAUUUAAUAAGGUCUCUUUUUAUACAGAGCAGACCCUGCUGACGGACUCAUUCUUCACCACUGCAGCAAUCAGCCAGCCCGGGUGUUGCUGACCCUAGAUAGCAGUAGAUGGCUUGCAUGAGAAACUCUUCGUCACCACCGCCCCCUCCCCCCCAUGCGCGCACACUGGAGAAGAAAAUGAAACAGUUGCAAUACCUGCCGUAUUUUUCUCUCUUAGGUAUUGGCUGCAGGAACACCUUGCAGUCCUUGCUCUUAACAACUGGAUAAUGCUAAUUCUAGGCAUGAUUCACAUUUCUGGUGCACAGCCCCUCCCCGCCCCCCCAAUGAAUGGGAAUAUUGAGAGACCGAUGGCCCAUUUUCCACGCAGUUCGAUGAGGCUUGCUUCUUCCCUGCAGCCUUCGCCGAACUGCCCACCAUUCACUGGCACAGCAUUGACUUUGGGAACAUUGACUGUCAUUAAAGAUGCUCUGUCUUGCAGGUUGGCAUUUAAGAUCUAACAUCUAUGCUUCUUCGUUUAAAGUGAUUCUUUUUCUCAGUGCAAGAGAUGCCUCUACUCAUAGACCGAGAGGGAACCUCGUGCAUCCAGCUCAGCCCACGGACAUGAGGUUUUCAAAAGGAGUUGUGGCUUCUUUUGUCCGGUGCAAAGGUCGUGUAUUCUGUAAAUGGGUGAGGAGAUGCAUGGGUCUUGAGGUAUUCGUUAGUCACGGUCCA